AUGUAUGGUGUUAAUUUAACAUCAUUGUUUAGGUACAAGAAAAAACGGGAAAGUUGCAAUGAAGGUUCCUCAGAAUCUGUAAAGAUGGGUUAUUCUCCCCACAAUAAAGUGUUCUCUGAAGCCCAAGAAAAGGAGUUAUCGAAAUAUUUAAUAAGAUGUGCUGACAUAUACUUCGGUCUCCCCAAAAAAGAGGUAAAGAAACUGGCAUACGAACUUACAAAAUCGUACAACUUGGCAAGGCCUCGAUCUUGGGAUGAGAAUGAGAUUGCAGGAGAAGACUGGUUUUUAGGCUUUAUGGCCAGAAAUCCCGAACUAUCAGUAAGAGCAGCUCAAGCCACAAGUUUGUCCAGAGCCACGAGUUUUAAUCGUACAAAUGUUGAGGCGUUUUUCGAUAAUUUGCAAACGGUUAUGGACCGUCAUAAAUUUGAACCACAGGACAUCUAUAAUGUUGACGAGACGGGAGUAACAACGGUACAAAAACCGGACAGAAUUGUGGCAAGACGAGGAAUAAAACAAGUUGGAUCGGUGACAUCAGCAGAACGUGGAACACUUGUGACGUUAGCUUUUGCAGUUAAUGCCAUAGGUAAUGUGUUUCCUCCAUUUUUUGUUUUUCCUCGCGCCCGGUUCCAAGAUCAUUUUUUGAGAGACGGUCCUAUAGGUUCCACGGGCACUGCUAACCCUUCAGGAUGGAUGCAAGAUUCAGGUUUCCUGCAAUUUUUAAAUCAUUUUAAAAAAUAUGCCAACUCUUCAAAGUCUCAUCGCGUACUGUUGAUUUUAGAUAACCACUCGUCUCAUAUACAUAUUGAUUGUCUAGACUAUUGCAAAAAUAACGGAAUUGUUUUAUUAUCUUUUCCACCCCACUGCUCGCAUAAACUGCAGCCGUUGGACCGGUCAUGCCUUGGUCCAUUUAAGAAAGCAAUAAACAGCAGCUGUGAUUCAUGGAUGCGGAACAAUCCGGCAAAGACAAUGAGAAUAUAUGACAUUCCAGGCAUUGUCGCUACUGCUAUGCCAAUAGCUUUUACUUGCAGAAAUAUUCAAGCUGGAUUUCAAGCAACUGGAAUCUACCCAUUUAAUAGAAACAUUUUUACAGAUCUAGACUUCACACCUUCUUUCGUAACUGACCGCCCAAACCCAAAUGACACUCAUAAAUCAAAUCCUGUGUCUAUUGAGAUACCAGAUCCAAAUCAGACAUCUAUUUCUAUUGGAACACAAACAAGCGUCACUAAAAGCCAAGUUUCAUGCUUAAAUAUAGAGUCAAUUGGAGCAGUAAAUUCAAGUGCUAUGGACCAAUCUAGUACGCCUCCAAAAAAUUCAGGUGAUGCAGUUACAACGGAUCAAUCAGUUACGCCCCCAAUGACCCUUCAUCCUGUUGUUGAUCCAUGUCAGCCAUCUACAAGCUAUUCAACAGUUUUCUCACCUGAAUUAACAAGACCUUUUCCCAUUGCUCCACCAAGGAAGCUGCCUGCAGGCGGUUGGAGAAAGAAGAAGUCGACCAUCUACACGGACACUCCCGAAAAAGAAGAAAUUAGGAAAGAAUCAGAAAAGGAAAAUCAGAAAAAACAGGCGAGGAACGUGAAAAAGAACUUGAGUAAAAAGAAUAAAGGAAAGGGUAAAAAAUCUAAGCAAACUAAAGAAUUGACUUCUUCUGAAGAUGAAUCAGAUAACUGCAUUUGCCUUGUUUGCACGGAAAGUUUUGAGAAAAGCAAACCAGGAGAGAACUGGGUACAGUGUUCGGAGUGUAAAAUGUGGGCACAUGAGGCUUGCACACCUGGAUACCUCAAUUAUUUGUGUCACAAUUGUGACUCUGACUGA